AUGGGGCAGAGCCUCCGAUCGGCCAGCACCACCUGAGGAUCCUGGAACCGGCGCCCGCGAUGGAGGACGACCAGGAGCUGGAGAGGAAAGCGAUAGAAGAACUGCUAAAGGAGGCAAAACGUGGGAAAACUAGAGCAGAAACAAUGGGACCCAUGGGUUGGAUGAAGUGUCCUCUUGCUGGUACAAAUAAAAGAUUUCUAAUAAACACAAUCAAGAACACCUUGCCCUCCCACAAGGAGCAAGACCACGAACAAAAAGAGGGCGAUAAGGAACCCGCGAAAAGCCAGGACCAGGAAGAAGCAAAUCCGAAGCAGCACAGAAGCCACAGUCACAAGCGCAGCUUGCACGCUCGCAGCUCCACCAGGCACUCGCCACCGCGCAAGCGCCGCGCCCAGGACAAGCACGAGGCGCGGUCCAGCCGGCGGUGAGGCCGCCUGAUCCGCCUGCCGGCGCGCCUGGCGGGGCCCGGUGGGAGGUGUGCAGGGCCGAGCGCCGAGGACGGCUCAGCGGCAGGGCGAACAACUGAGCCUGGCUUUUACCGCAGAUCCCUUGUUCUUAGAGAGGCUGUGGGUGGCAGGCGAAAAAUUGACUCUGCCCAAGAAGCAAGUUGAAAGGCAUAUGCUGGGAGCAGUGGUGGCAGGGCAGUGUGCCUAAGUACUGUUUUUAUUCUCUUGUUUGGAAGUUGUUUGAAAAUACGCAAAUCUAGAAUUUAAAGUUCUCAGCGAUUGUUAAAACUAAGCCAGUUUUUUCAUGUACUGCACUUUUGGUCAUUUCUCAGAAUUUCUCAAAAAAUAAAAUUCUUGUACAUCCUAUA